GAUGUAAAGGAGAUGGAGGAGAUAAUGGUCCUCAAAGAUGAUGAGAAGGAGAAAGCAGCCAGUGGUGGAGACAUUACCGGACAAACACCUGUGGAGCAGGACAGAGCGCCAGCCUGGGUUCCCAACGUCUACUGCAGCCUUGGUAAAGAUAUCUACCAUUACGCAGGACAGGACAUCGUCAUUUAUGAGUCCAUAGACUCCUUUGGAGCAGUGAUGUGGCCAGCAGCGUUGGCUCUGUGCUCCUUCCUGGACAACAACAGGCAGAGGGUGAACCUGCAGGGGAAGGAGGUGCUGGAGCUGGGAGCAGGAACAGGACUGGUAACCAUUGUGGCCAGUCUGCUGGGAGCGUCAGUCACAGCUACAGACUUACCUGAGGUGCUCAGUAACCUCCGGGCCAAUGUGAUGAGGAACACCAGAGGGCGGUGCAGGCACACACCUCAGGUAGCAGUGCUGUCCUGGGGCUACGACCUGGAGCGCAGCUACCCUACAUCCGUGUAUCACUACGACUACGUGCUGGCAGCCGAUGUGGUCUAUCAUCAUGACUUCCUGGACGAGCUCCUGGUCACCAUGAAGCAUUUCUGCACACCGGGAACAACUCUGAUCUGGGCCAACAAGGUCCGGUUUGAGACUGAUCUGACUUUCACUGAGAACUUUAAGAAGGCUUUUCACACAAGCGUGCUGGCUGAAGAUGGAGAGAUGAAGAUCUUCAUGGCAACGUGUAGAGAGUGAGAGACAGAAAACAAAUGGAUGGAUUA